GUUACAAUAGAUCAACUACACCGCGAGGGAGUACUUACCCAUUUAUUGGUAAUCAAACCAACUUCUCAGGGUUACUAGAUACAAAUUCUACUUUUAAUCCAGAAUUCUACAAUUGGCAUAAAGUUUAUAUUUACUAUUGUGAUGGCUCAUCAUUUAUGUCGGAUAUCAAGCAUGUCGAUCCAUGUCUUUUUCCGGAAUAUUAUGUUGAAGAUAUUCAGACGCCCCUCUUUUUACUCGAAUCAGCCUUUGAUGCAUUUCAGAUUGAAUACAACACACUGCCUGCUGUUGGCGGUAGGCUGGGAUGGAGCAAUUGCCUUGGAAAUUUAAGACACUGCAAUUCUACACAAUUAGGAAUAAUGAGAGAUUUUCGAAACACUUUCAUUGGAGCUCUAUUGAAGCUGAAGCACUGUUUGAGUAGAGGGAUGUUUGUUCAUUCUUGCUACCUCCAUGGCCACAUCUUGAUAAUACAAGAAUGGACAUGCUCAUCUCUUCAAGGAAAUAACAUACUUGCAAAUAAGGUUAAGACAAUUGCACAAGCCAUCAGUGAUUGGUAUUUUGAUCGAAGUUCUUUUCGACAAAUAGAUAUUGAGAAUGACUUACCGCGGAACUGCAGCAGCUCACUCACUCCGGAGCUCUUCGUCCAUAAAUGUCUUGCCACUCUGUCUAAUCAUCCAACUUGUAGUUAUUCAUGA